GGCAUGGACCUCAGGUCUAGAAGAACUUUCGGGCCCCUGAUGGGGCUGGUGAGGAAGGAGCAGCUCUCGGUCCCGGGGGCGGUGCGCAGAGGGUACUCGGGCGGGGGUCCCUCAGACCUCGCGCGCCCGCGGCUCUUCCUGUCGGAGCUGGGGUUGGGGGCGCGCUCUGCAGGCGGCCGACCCGAGGCCCCCCCCUCGCCCUCGGCUCGGCCCGAAUCUCCAGCCGCGGCCCCAGCGCGCGGGUGGGCAGACCGAGGCCCGGCCCGGCCCCGCCGCCUUCCCCGCCCCCGGCGCGCCCCUCCCCGGCCGCCGCGUCCGCGGCUCGGCCGCACAGCGCCCGGCUCGGGGUUCCGGCCGCAGCACCUGGGCCGCAGCUGGCGUCCGGCGGGGGGCCGCUGCCCGCCCCCUUCCGCGAUGGCCACGGUCGGCGCCCCGGACACCCUGCCCACGGGGACUCCUGUGAGCAGCCUCCAUGAGGCCCUGGACCAGUGCAUGACUGCCCUGGAUCUCUUUCUCACCAACCAGUUCUCAGAAGCACUCAGCUACCUCAAGCCCAGAACCAAGGACAGCAUGUACCACUCAUUGACAUAUGCCACCAUCCUGGAGAUGCAGGCCAUGAUGACCUUUGACCCUCAGGACAUCCUGCUUGCUGGCAACAUGAUGAAGGAGGCUCAGAUGCUGUGUCAGAGGCACCGGAAGAAGUCCUCUGUAACAGAUUCCUUUAGCAACCUGGUGCACCGACCCACUAUGGACCAGUUCACAGAAGAGGAAAUCCAUGCUGAGGUCUGCUAUGCAGAGUGCUUGCUGCAGAGAGCAGCCCUGACCUUCCUACAGGAUGAGAACAUGGUGAGCUUCAUCAAGGGUGGCAUCAAAGUUCGAAACAGCUACCAGACCUAUAAGGAGCUGGACAGCCUGGUGCAGUCCUCACAAUACUGCAAGGGAGAGAACCACAGGCACUUUGAAGGAGGGGUGAAGCUCGGUGUGGGAGCCUUCAACCUGACCCUGUCCAUGCUUCCCACUAGGAUCCUGCGGCUGUUGGAGUUUGUGGGGUUUUCAGGAAACAAGGACUAUGGGCUGCUGCAGCUGGAGGAGGGUGCGUCGGGGCACAGCUUCCGCGCCGUGCUCUGUGUCAUGCUGCUGCUCUGCUAUCACACCUUCCUCAUCUUUGUGCUGGGCACUGGGAACGUCAACAUUGAGGAGGCAGAGAAGCUCUUGAAGCCCUACCUGAAGCGAUACCCCAAGGCCGUGCGGCGCUUCGAGGAGUGCUGCGAGGCCCAGCAGCACUGGAGGCAGUUCCACCACAUGUGCUACUGGGAGCUGAUGUGGUGCUCCACCUACAAGGGCCAGUGGAAGGCGGCCUACUUCUAUGCCGACUUGCUCAGCAAGGAGAACUCCUGGUCCAAGGCCACUUACAUCUAUAUGAAGGCCGCCUACCUCAGCAUGUUUGGGAAGGAGGACUACAAGCCAUUUGGGGAUGAUGAAGUAGAGUUGUUUAGAGCUGUACCAGGCCUGAAGCUCAAGAUUGCUGGGAAAUCUCUACCCACGGAGAAGUUUGCCAUCCGGAAGUCCAGACGCUACCUCUCCCCCAAGCCCAUCUCAUUGCCAAUCCCUGCUCUGGAAAUGAUGUACAUUUGGAAUGGCUACGCUGUGAUUGGGAAGCAGAAGGAACUCACAGAUGGGAUACUUGAGAUUAUCACCAAGGCUGAAGAGAUGCUGGAAAAGGACCCAGAGAAUGAGUACUCAGUGGAUGAUGAGUGCUUGGUGAAGCUGCUGAAAGGUCUGUGUCUGAAAUACCUGGGCCGUGUCCAGGAAGCCGAGGAGAACUUCAGGAGCAUCUCUGCCAAUGAAAAGAAGAUUAAAUAUGACCACUACUUGAUCCCAAAUGCCCUGCUGGAGCUGGCCCUGCUGUUUAUGGAGCAAGGCAGAAAUGAAGAAGCUGUCAAACUCUUGGAAACUGCCAAGCAAAACUAUAAGAAUUACUCCAUGGAGUCAAGGACACAUUUUCGAAUUCAGGCAGCCAUACUCCAAGCCAAGUCUUCCCUAGAAAAUGGCAGCAGAUCCAUGGUCUCGCCAGUGUCCUUGUAGUUUUGUGAUGUGUUCCUGGGCUAGAAGAAAGACAGCUGAACAGAGCUCCUGCAAACAUUUCAAGAAGAUCCCCUUUCCCCCUACCCUGCCUUUGGGGUCCACCGGUGCUCCAGUGGGAUGGCACGACACGGGUGUCCCUGCAGACGUGAAGCCGGUAUUUCUACCAGUGUGGCCAAGGACCUUUGUCAAGGGCACAGCAGGUGGAGCCCUCUGCCUGCCCUGUCACAUGUACGGGUACUUGUUUUUCACUGUGAUGUUUAAGAGAAUGUAUGAACAGUUUACAUUUUCCUUAGAAAUACACUGAUGGGAUCAUAGUUGGGUUAAAAAGAAAACCCACCAACCACCUGUAAAUCUUCCUUUAGCCUAUGUGGAUCUGGAGGUAAAUCUAUAUGGUGUUAAAGUCCAAAUGCUUUUCAAACUUCAGCAAGGUCUCAGCUCCUGGGGCUGGAGGGGCCCUCAGGAGAGUCUACACCUCAGGUUUCAAGGCUUCUGGGGAUUGGAUGUAGAGGUUGCCCAGACACCCAUUACCUGACUUCUUACACUACAUUUACGCUUCCUUUGUAACUUUAGUUUAAAAAAAAAAAUCAAAGACAUCUUUUUAGUGAAGUAAUUUUCAUUUGAGUCCAUCUCUAGAAAAAAAAUCUGUCUCCACCCAUGAGGAGUGUGGAUGCUGAGGCCUGGUGGAAGAGGAGCUGUUGUGACUUUUUUUGUGCCGAAGCCAAGUUUUGGGGGAGGUUCUCAGACACCAGUCUGCAGCCUCACUGUAAGCCAAACCCAAACCACUGGAACUAACUUAAGAAACAUAAAAAUCUUCUGUACUUCACCCCAAGGUACAUUUACAGACAGCAUUUCUCUCCUGGAAUGGUUAUCUUGGCCUAUUGUUUUAGAUUUUUCAGUUAAAAGAGAUAUUUAAGUAAUAAAACUUGAAUACUUAAGAGAUCAUGUAACAGCUAUUUAAGUAUAGUAAGUGUUGCUUGAAUUCUUCAGGUCAGAAAGUUUGGAUAAGAAGCCAUGUGGCCCAGGUGUAUUUUAUUUAGACAUCAUGUUUAAAAACUUUUUAGAACAAGUUAUUAACAUUUAAAAAUGGGGAGAUUUCACAAAUCUGGUUUCUGGCCUCAUUCCUCCAAGGCAACAAGGCAACAAUCACUUGGAGCCAAGUAGAAGUUCCUUAAAGUACUUAUAUUACCUUUCUGGACCCUAAAAGCAUCUGCAUUUGCAACCUCUGGUGACUAUUAAAGUGGGAACUCAAGUUCAGUGACUAACAGCAUGUUUUGCCAGCAGCAUACUUCAGCAUAACCAUUUGCUGGGAGGAAAAGUCAUAUACACAGUAAAAAUAUUCAUCUGAGAAAAUGUGACUCCUCAAAUACAUGAAUGCAAUUUCUGUAUGGGAAGAACCACAGACAGUUCAAUCUUCUAGCACUGCUGUGUUUAGCAAACACUUACAGGGGCUGGGUGAGUUAAUCUAUUAAUAUACAGUCAACCACCUCCUGUGACGGAUAUUGAAUGAAGCCCAUGGGUUUUAGGUAAAGCAUAUUCUUAUUAGGAAAACCAACUGUCAUCCAAGAUCUUCUUUAACCCUUAGUACUGUCAGCAAAAAUAUUAUGAAAAUAAAGAUUCUCAGUUUGUUAGAACUAGACAAGAGGAAGUUCUCUGUAAGAGAGCAAGCCCUUUGCAGGCUCUCCUUCAAAGCCUGGGUGCUAGGAGACUAGCCUGCUUCUAGUUUGUUAGGCAGGGCAGGUAAGAGGGGUGACUGGAACCAGGCUGAAUGAGGGUGGCCUUUUGUGGCUCUUGCACAUACUGGAACAUGACCUACUGCUGUACAAAAGCAGUACUGGUCAUGAGAUGCUGAAUGUAUAAUCUGCAGUUUACAAAAAACUUCUAUCUCAACAUUCAUUUUAGGUGCUUUUGCUUGUUUUUUAAAAAUUUAUGCCAGGGUGGUUUCCUUGUUGAUGUUUGUUAUCUGAUUUCCUGCUGCCUAUGUCAACUUUACCUCCGCUGCCUGGGCUGCAUCUGGCUGGUAAGAGAAAUCAGUGGGUUUAAUAUCCUUAAUCUCACCUGUAGCUUAAGAUAGUCUAUCAAAAAACAUUUAUGUAAAGGAGGGUGAAGAUGUUGGGUGUCUGACACCACCAUAUACUUGGGCAGCGGCCCUAGAAGGUGAAAAUCCUGCUGUAGGCUUCUCGUUGUGUCUUCAGGUCACUUCUGGUCAUUGCUUCUCUAAUAGUGCAUCUGCUCUGGGACACAUCAGGUGGAGAGUUCUGGCCUUAGAAAUAAGACCUGAAUUCUAGUCCCUGCUUUCCUACUGAUUUUCAGUGACCCUGGGAAAAUAAAUUAUGGACCCUCGAAAAAUCUGUAAUUUGGACUAGAUUAAAGCUCCUUCCUGCUGUCAAUAGUCCUAACUCUGGCUAAGUAUGUUUCUGAGGUUUCAUCUCCAAAAUGAAGCCAGACACCUACCUCCCUACUGCCAAAGCCUUGUGUCCUCAAGCAAUUCAACCAGAAAUGACAGGCUUCCUCACUCAGGGCCACUACAGUAGCCCAGGACACCCAGGGAACAACCCUCAUUUGGGAAAAGUCUAAGUCCACUGCUACACUGACAAACUCAGUUGUUAGACAAGAAACAACUGUGUAACAUCAUCUGAACAGGGUAUUGGCAACAUACAAUCUAUCUCAACCUCUCACUGGCCAUAGGCCCUUAGACACACAGGGUGGCUUCCAGCAGUGUUAGUCACUAUCAGUUCUCCCAUGUGUUGGCAGGAUUCCCUAUUCCUUAUCUCUCAAGUCAGAAUGUGAGUGUUUCCAACAGCUAUCAUCAUUCACAGCAAAAAGCCAUGACCUGACAGCAAAGCCAAGACCCUAAAUAAAGCCAACUCAAGACUUGGCUGAAGUCCAGGUGGGAGAUUCCCAGCACCUGAAGAAUGGCACAGGAGGUUUUCAGCCUGCUGAGUGCUAGAAUCAUGAAAAUAAAAUAAAAAACAAAAUCCAAAGAC